AUGGUCGAGCCCCAGAAGCGCAAUAUGUCGCCCGAGGAGACCAAGGAGCUCCUGCGGCUGCGCUCCGAGCGCCAGCAGCGCCACGACGCCACGGAGGACGAGAGCUCAGAAAAUGAGAGCUAUGGGGGCAUUGGCGGCUUCAAACGCCGCACGUGGGCGCUCUUCAGCAUCAUGGGCGGCCUCAUCUACGGCUACAACGUCAGCCUGGCAGCCACGCUGCAGUACAUGCGGGACGACCUGCAGCUCUCGUCGACGCACGAGGAGGCUCUGAGCGCCACGGCGACGCUCAGCGACGCCUGCUCCAUGCUGGUGGGCGGCUGCCUGGCCGACCGCUUCGGUCGCAAGGCCACGGCCAUGUUCGCGUGCUCGUGCUCCAUUGUGGGCGCGUUGCUGGCGGGUAUGGCUAGCACGAGCUUCUCGUGGCUCGUGCUGUGGAGACUGUGCUCCGGGGUGGGCAACGGGCUGUCCAUACUGCUCAUCCCGAUGUACAUUAGUGAGUGCGUGGACGCAACGAGUCGUGGGGCGUACCUCACGCUCUUUCAACUCGGAGUGAACUCGGGCGUGGCGGUGCCGUAUCUGUUCAUGAUCGCGGUGAGCGAGAACUGGAGAGCGUGCCUGGCGUUCGGCAGCUUGCCGGCGCUCUACGUACUCUACAACUUCCAUUUCCACUUCCCGGAGAGCAUCAAGUGGCUUCGCUGGAAGGAGAACCCGACGACGGAUCUGGAAGAUGGAGCCACAGACCUCUCAGAUGAAGAGAGCGUCGACAGUUCCAGUGCUGCUGCUGUUACUAUCAAGCGCUCGAACGGGAACUACCGACGUCCGGCCGAGCAGGAUUCUGCUGAUGCUUCACCGUCGUCUGCGGAAGCCACAAGGACUCCAGCGCCUCCCAACCCGCACCUCGAGCUCGUGAUCGGUAUCCUGCUGGCCUAUGUAAAUAACUGCGUUGACGCGUCUCUCUUCUACGGGCCGGAGAUCAUCGCCAAGACCAGCUCGUCGUACUCACGUCGCGAUGCCAACAUUUUUGGGCUGCUUUGUUCGCUCGUGGCCGUGGUGUCGGUGCUUUUCGCUGGACGCUACGUCAUUGCGAGGUUCUCACGGCGGCAAGUGUACUUGAUCUGCCUUGCCGUCGUCUGCGCCUGCUUCGUUGUGAGCGGUGGAAUUUUUGCGCGCUACUCCACCGACGAUUUUGCACGCAGCUCGGCGGCGUCCGCGAGCAUCAUGAUCACCUUCGCCGUGCUCAACGUGUUCGCCGCUGUCGGUCCCAGCAUCCUCUUCGUUGUGAUCCUGAGCGAGCUCUUCCAGGACAACAGCUACCGAGCGCGAUACAUGAGCUACUGCACGUUCACCAUGUCACUCAUCUCGCUGCUCGUGAACGGCUCUAUGCUGACACUGUUUGAGUUCUUCGGCACCGCGGCCACUUUCCUCGCAUAUGGGGCCACGUACGUCGUGUGUCUGGUCUUCUUCUGGGCGUACCUCCCUGAAACAAAGCAGCGUCAACUAGUGUAA